UAAGAAGGAAAUUGUGCAGGACUCAUCUGUAGAGCUUCCCAGAUACAGACCAGUGUUUCAUGGGAGCAACAAACAGGGGAGGUCAGGAAUUUUCCUUUCAGAGUAAGAGAAGAGGAUCUUGGGAAAUGGACAAUCCCAGGAAACAUCAUUGGGUGGCAGCAGAGCAUUUACCACUUGCUGUGGCAUCCCAGCAAAAUAAAGCCAGAAAGAACAGCAGUUCUGCAUGUUUGUGAUGUAGGCCUGUGACCAGGAGUGUGGGUCCAGUGUCCAGCUCCCAUAGAAGGUAUUGAAGAUGGCAAUAGGGUUGCACUUCAUCUACAGCUCCAGGGUUUUUAUCCUUCUCUUGGACAUCACUGGAAGGCAGAGGGGGAAAAAAAAGCUCCUCCAGUGUUGUUUCCUGCAAAGACCAUUCUUAAGAGCUUGUUGGACAGCGCAGGACUCUUGAAGUGAUAGCUAAUUGGAGAAAGAAAGGCCCUGAUUGUCUUGAGGGAGCUGGAAAGUGCUGCAUGUGCUGCUGAAAGGGACUAGGGAGAAGGUGCAUGGUUUCGCUGAGCAGCUGCUGCUGGAGAUGUUUGGAGAUUACAUCAGCAUUGGAAAAGAGGGGCCAAAAAAAAAAAAAAGUCCAACUUCACAGAGACGGAGUUUAUGGAGGUUUUUUCCCCCUUCCAAAGGUCUUCUGACAAUACUGUCAUUGUCAAUAUGAGAGUUGUUAAUUCUUUAUGAAUAGCACAUGGGGCCUCUUGACUAAAUAGUACGUUACAUGUCCCAAAUCUGUCAGCUGGACUCUUCUCUCACAUGCUAGUGAGAUCACUUUGAUUGGAAUGUUAGAGGAAUUGCUGGGCUGGCCGUGCAAAACUGAAUACUGCAUUAUAUAAUUAGAUCUCCCAGAGUAUUUUUUUCGCAUUACCACAUUAUUGUAGCUUAAAUAUGGAAUCAGUCCUUUUGAUGGCUUUGCUGGUUGCAAUUAUAUUAAUAAGAUUCAUUUUGUGGUCCUGUCUUAGUGCUUAUAUAGAUUAUAAACUGUCCCAAAGGUUUCCUGACACAAGAAAAGAGGACUAAGAGACUUCAAAAGCCUUGUUCAGAUUUGAAUUGACAGUGGAGAGAGCUGGAUAAGGUAAAUGGAGCUACAGCAGCUUUUACCUUGGGAUCUGAUGAGAGGGAAAUGACCUGUUGAGACUGCAGCUGUGCGAUGAUCUUUCAGAAAGCCUCAUGCUGACAGAGGGGAAGAAAUGACAGCUGAUUGAGUCAAAUAACUUCCUAUCCAACUUGGGCAUGAAUUUGCUGUUGGAAACACACUUGUGGACUUCUGCCAAUUAAAUUAUGUGGUCAGGCUGGAAGGAACCCUCUUGCUGGGCAGCCCAAGAGUGCUCAGUGUCCACGUGCCACGCUGUGAGCUGGAAGGAGCGGAUUUUUACAUGGCUGAUUGAUUUGAUACCAAAUUCCUCGUGGCUCUUCCCAGCCAGUCAGAUCUGAAACUGACUGAAGGGUUUAACCUGUCCAAUAUUCACAUUUCUUGGCAAGCAAUGUAUCUGAAUAUCAGUACAAGGUGGAUACCACUGGAAUAAUGUGUUCCAUGGAAGACAGAUUUGUGUCUCAGAGAUUGUCUGAUGGACUCUGGCUGUGCUUCAGCACCAACAGUGGGUGGGGUGACAACAUGAGUGAGUUUUGACACCAAAGCCUUGCAAGUGACCUUCAUGUCUAGCCUGAAAUAAGCACCCUACUAGGACACUGGCAGAUUUGACUACUUGCCCAAGGACAAAGUGACUUGGGAUUUCUUGGUUAACUUACUUGGCAAAGGGAGAUAAGUUUUUCCAAGUGAAUAAGUGUUGUAUAAAGUCAAACAAUCAGAAUCUUAAUGCAAUUCAGUGUAAUAUUGUCUUUUAAGAUCUGAAUUUUUCUGUAGUAAAGAUAGAAAAAUUGUAUUACCUUGCCUGAGAAAUGCACUAACCUUGGCCUUGUCACUCUUAAAAUUUUUUUUGAAAAAUCCUUUUCCUUUCUUUGAUCAUUUUCUAUCUCAUGUGAAUGUGAAGUUUACCACUUCAUAUACUUAUUUCUAUAUCUCUUGUUAGCUCACAUGAUGGUAUCAGAGUUCAACUAGAUAAAAGACUGCAGUAUUCCCAUACAGAGUUUCUGGCCUAUUCAUGAUUCAGACACUCCUACACACUUGUCAUUAAUAACUGCGCAUCAGCCCUUAUAAUUUUGUCUUUUAAAGCCUCCUAAAGAAUCAGGCAUGAGAGCUGGUGUGUUCUUAGGCAAUGGAACAGGGUAAAUGUAAGGUCAAUUAAUUUCAGCCUCGAUUUUAUUUAUGGUGGAUGACCAAUCUACAAAACAACAGCCUGUAAUGCUUGAAGGUGCAUGUCAUGGGUUUGAAAUCCUACCAGAUGACAAAAAAUUACAUGUAGAUGUAAGUAACCCCUUAUCUGUUUCUCUGAUUCUCAAUUUUAAUAAUCCCAUCCUUUUUUUGUUUACCCAACACCAGCAAGCCACAAAGGGAAAGUGAAAUGUUGUCUACUUGAUGUGCAGACACACCUUUUAUAAUGAGUAAUUGGAAAAAU